AUGUCGCCGGCAGCGCUCACUCCCGAACUCUCAUUCCAGGUUCUACCCGUCGUCAAGCGCAAGGACCAGAAGUUCAACUUUGGCGCCGUCGUCGAAGGACUAGAUCUCAACGAUAUCUCUGAUGACGACGUCAAGCGGCUCAAGGAGACGAUAUGGACGCACAAGGUCAUCGUCGUCAGGGGCCAGAAGGACCUCACGCCCGAAAAACAUUGGGAGCUUGUCACGCGCUUCGACCCCGAGGCUCCUCAGCUCCACAGCCACGGCAAUCUGGAGACAUUCCAGAAGAAAGGUGGCAUGCUGUCCAAAGCGCGGGACGUCUAUGGGAUUCCGGGGGCGGAGAAUGUGCGUCUGGUUGGAAAGGGAUAUCAAGGCGAGGAUCACUAUGGACUCAAGAAUCUCACGGUCAAAGGACUCUCAAACGACUUCCACGCCGACCCACCCGCCGACCAGGAUUUCGAACGAGGCUUCACGCGCUUCCAGAGAUGGCACAUUGACGCGCCGUUGUACGCUCGUGAUCCCGCAUGGUUCACGACCCUCAGAGCUGUCAAACUCCCCUCCGGGCCGGACGUGACGAUCCGGUGGGACGACGGGUCUGGACUCAGCAUGCAGUCGCCGCCCGGGCUGACCGCGUUCUUCAGCACGUCCCAACUGUACGACAUGCUCAGCGAGGACGAAAAGCAGGUGGCCGACCACAGCUGGGUCGAGUACGCGCCAUACCCGUACAUGUGGGUGGAGAACUGCAAGGCGCCGUCGACGGGACUGGGCCUCAAGUCCGAGGGCAAGGAGCACACGAUUGAGGAACUCGGCGAAUAUAACGAGAAGGAUGUCAAGAAGUAUCCCUUCGUCUGGAUCAACCCCGUGACGGGGGAGAAGGCGUUCCAAGUGCACGGCCUGGGGGCGCGGAAACUCUUUCUCCGAUCGUCCAGCGACUCCCCGCCUACGGUCAUGGACAAGGUCGAGGAGAUCCGCGAGUUCCUGCACAAGAUCCAGUCCCGCGUCCUGCGGCCCGAGUACAUCUGGCUCCCGGAGGUCCAGGAGGGCGACAUCGUCAUGUGGGACAACUACGGCACGUUCCACACCGCCGUCGACUACCCGAUCAAGUACGGUCCGCGGUCGAUGCACCAGGCCAACAUUGGCGCGAGCAGAGGUCCUGUCGGGCCCGUGCCGAUUCCUGUCGACUGUUGA